GAUGCUUCUCUGUUGCGCGCUGUGACAGACGGGGUAGUAGGUUUCCUUUUCGUGCAGGAAGCAAUGGAAUGAGCCCUUUUUUUUUCCCUCACAUUUUCUCAUAGUAGGGCAAAGAGGAGGUGGGAUUUGGGGUUCGCGGUUAACAGCAAGCGGGAGAGUCUGGGCCCAGAAAGUUCGCUCCCUGCCUUCCGGCCAGGUAACCCCGCCCUGCACACCUUUCCUUUCCCGGGACUGCAGUUGUGGCAAAUCCUGGGGAGGGAGCAGAACGCUUAGCCUGACGGUGUGAAGACCGACUACUUGGGGAAGAAAGGCGCAGCCAUCCCUGUUUCUGGAUCAAUGGCUGGAUCGAAGAGUUUUGCGGGUUUUGACAGAGCUCAACAGAAUAAUUAUUACUGGUACUGGCAAAGAGUGAACCCUAAAUUCCAGUUCUACCAGAGGGACCCCUUUGGCAGCGGGUAUGAGCAACAGCACAGCUGUUGUCUUCUUCCUGGCUAUUGCUGUGGUCCUGCAGUGGAUGGAAAUGAGCACACCCUGUCUGCGCAUGGGACCUCUGGACACCCAGCUGGAACUCCCAUUACACCCGAGGAAACCACAGCUCUGGCGGGAAACCAAGAUGAAAACCUACUAGAAGAUCCCAAUCUUCAUUUGAAUAUUGAGGAAUUAAACAAAGAAUUUAUGGUGAAAAGUGAAGAACUUUACGAUUCUCUCAUGAAUUGCCGCUGGCAGCCUCUGGAUACAGUUUACUCUAAAAUCCCAGAUGAGACCCUACAGAAACCAGAUGUUCAUUAAGCUACCCAAUUAUUAUAUUAACUAUAUCCUGUUCUGUUUUUGUUUUUCAAAAAUUAAAUUCUCCCAGAAAUAUACUGGGUUCUGUAUGUAAAUACAAAUUCCAAGGACUCAAAUAUGAUUGAAAUGAUAAAACAUAAUGUAAAUAAACUUUACCACCACAUCCAA